AUGCAAAUGAUGAACGUACAGCCUCAUGGGAUACCCAUGGGUGAACAGUUUUUUACUCAGAAUGGACCCCAAGAGAUGCACCAACCUAUGAAUGUACCUCAAAUGUUUUCAUCACAGCAAGUUAACCAAUCCCAGAUGCUUCAACAACAACAACCGGGAAUGAUGUCUAAUGCGCCAGGAUUGCAAAAGCAAGAUAUAACGAAUUCCUUCCUUUCGAAUAAUCAAAAGAUGGAUCCAUUAGUGAUGCAACAGCAACAACAACAACAACAACAACAGCAGCAACAGCAGCAAACGUUUAAUACACCUGUCUUGAACUCAGCGCCUCCAGGUUUAAAUAUGUUCCAACAACAACAACCCGGCAUCAAUAUGAACCGAUCUGUGAAUUCCCAAAUGAUGAAACAAUUACCACUACCACCAAUAAUACUACCUCCACCAAACCAUUUGUUUGUUCGUGAUGUAUGGAAUAACAAUUUACACAGAGAAUUUGCAGCUAUAAGAAAGUUGGUGGCUUCUCAAUAUAAUUAUGUGUCAAUUAGUACUGAAUUUGUGGGCACUAUGGCAAGACCCAUCGGUAAUUUUAGAUCAAAAACCGAUUACCAUUAUCAAACAAUGAGAUCUAACGUGGAUCUUUUAAAUCCUAUUCAAUUAGGGAUAUCAUUAAGUGAUUCUAACGGGAAUAAACCUGAUACCGGACCAUCUACUUGGCAGUUCAAUUUCCAAUUUGAUAUCUCGCAAGAAAUGAUGUCCACAGAGUCUAUAGAAUUGUUAAGGAAAUCGGGUAUUAAUUUUGAAGAACAUGUAAAUGCCGGUGUUGACGUUUCUGAAUUUGCUCAAUUAAUGAUCGAUUCUGGGUUGUUAUUAGAUUCGAGAAUCACAUGGAUAACGUACCAUACCGCUUACGAUCUUGGAUUCUUAAUCAAUAUCAUCAUGAAUGAUCCUAUGCCCAACAAUAAGGAGGAUUUUGAAUGGUGGGUUCAUAAGUAUAUGCCAAACGUAUAUGAUUUGAAUUUAAUUCAUAAAGUUAUCAGAGAUUUUACCCAACCAGGAGCUCCGCAGUUGACUUUAAGCGCGUUGGCUGAUGAACUGGGGAUUCCAAGGUUCCCGUUGUUUACUACCACGGGGGGUCAAAGUUUGUUGAUGCUAUUAGCAUUCUGCAAUCUCAGCAAAUUGUCGAUGCAUAAGUUCCCGAAUGGAACUGAUUUCUCUAAAUACAAAAACGUUAUUUACGGUAUUAACGGUGACUAG